AUGAUCCGAAUAACAACAAACGUCACGGGAGGGUCUCGACACAUCCGACGGUUUUACAGCUCCCACCAUGGCCUUACACCCGUUCAUACUAUCUCCGGGCCACUUGCCUCCGUCGACGUCAAAGAAUUCCGCGAGAAAGCCUUCGAUGCUCAGCAACCCCUCCUGAUAGCCGCACCCAAUGCACUAAGACCAGAUAUAGAAGCACCACCGCACUCUAUACCAGCGGCAGACAAGUGGUUUACGCAUGAAAGAGCCAGCCAUGGUGACCAAUUCCCACAAAACUCCCGGCGAACAGUCCUGAAUCAACCGUACCUCUCCCAAUUCGGCGACACCGUCCUGCCCUACGAGCUCGUAACCGCAAGUCCCGUCAUCACCGACACCCCUCCCCACAAAAGCUCCCGCCUCAUCAGCGCAUGGCUUGAGAAACAGCUUCAGCAAUCGAGUGGGAUAACCUUCCAUCGCUUCACCGCGCCCCUUUCCCUCUUCCUGCACGCCGCAUGCAUUACGCCUGUCCCCUGGCCCCCAGCUCUGUACAUCGCGCAAGCCCAAGUCAUCGACCUCCCGCCCGCGUUAAGGGCUGACCUUCCAACGCCCCAUCUCGUGCUCAAGGCAGGAAAAGGCGAUGUGUAUGACAGCAAUAUCUGGCUUGGCAUCCCGCCGACGUAUACCCCGCUGCACCGCGAUCCCAACCCCAACCUCUUCGUGCAGCUCGCGUCUCGGAAACGGGUGCGGGUCUUUAGACCGCAGGUCGGGGAUCGUAUCUUCCGGAAGGUCAGGCAGAUGGUGGGUGUGGGGAGAGGAGGGGGCAGUGCGUCGAUGAGGGGGGAGGAGAUGAUGGAAGGGCCGGAGAGCGAUUUGUUGCAGGUGGCUGUCUGGGGAGAUUGCGUUCACAGAGGAGGGGUGACAAGCGAGCGUGAUAUGGAUGUUCUUGAAGAAGAGGGCUUUGAGGCUGUUGUGAGGCCCGGAGAUGCGUUAUUUAUUCCGAAGGGAUGGUGGCAUAGCUUUAUGAGUGAGGGGGGUGAUGUUACGGGCUCGGUUAACUGGUGGUUUAGGUGA